CCCCAGCAGGUAAGCCUGCAGGUAGCAGGAGGAGCGUAUGGGAGCAAGGGGCGGAAAGGUUGCGCUGAGCUCACUAUUUGCAUAGACCGUCCAUGGAACGAGCAACAAGAUCGUGUUCGUAUUGCGUUUAAGGAAGUUCUUCAAUUUCGGGAAGGCUAAGAUCUGUAGACUUGGGCAAUUGUACCCUACUUACCUAUCCAGCUAAAUAGUGGAUAAUUCUCGAUACUCGUGUGACUAGAACUUGCGGAAUAUAUAUAUAACAUUUAUAGGAUAGCUAGCUAGCUAGCUAUAUUGCGCAAACGUCAGAAUGUCUGUGCCACUCUCCCACGGAGUUUCGACCUACAGAACAGUGAGCGUAUCUUCGGAAACCUUGCCGGCCACCGCAUCGUCAACGGUCCAAUACACCACCAAUGAAAGCCCCUAUUCAAGCUACCGAACCUUGGGCGUCCCAGUCUCCCCUGUCUCCCCUGUGCAGUACGCGGUAAAUGGAGGCGCAGUGGACGGCAAUGUUGUCUACGGGACUUUGCGCUACCUGGUUCCGGUCGAGCGGAGGGUUAUGCCGACGGAAUCCUACAUGAUCGUCAACAGUGCCCCCCAGAUAAUGGCCAACCAGGCCGUAGCACCUAUGUACAUACGGGGCUACAGUGUGAGCAGUCAGGAUGGACUGGAAGUUCGGCAGCAGUCCGUUGUUGACGUUGAGAGUGUGAACGGGAAAGCGUCCUCGGUGGUGAGCCGCGUCUCCACUCCGCCGAAGAGCCCAGAGCCGGAGCCACAGGAGGAGGAGGUGGUGCAGGUGGAGGAGGAGGAGGAGGUGGUGGUGGAGCCGGUGGUGCAGAGGGUCUCCAGAGUGUCGGUGAGGACGGAGGUCCCGCUGAUCGAACCCCAGGCCAAGCUGGACACGCGCUUCUUCGGCGAGCUGCUGGCGGACAUUUACCGCAAGAACUGCGACAUCCACACCUGCGUCUCCGAGCACGUGUCCAAGAUCCGCGGGCGGAAACAAAUGUUUGACCCCAGUGACUACAAGGUGAGCAAGGAGGAAGUUGAAGCUUUGAUCCCAGAUGGCCUGUCUGAACUCACCAAGCAACAGAUCCGGUACCUGCUGCAGACCCGUAUGACUGCUGAUAACACCAUGAGACUCCUCCUCUCCACCUUCAGCACCCUGAGGGAGGAGCUGAGCCACCUGCAGGGGGACCUGAAGCGGCUGGAGAGCGAGAAGGAGGAGCUGGAGAGGGAUCUGAGCUUCAAGGCGGACCAGGCGCAGCAGUACGACCGGCUGCUGGAGUCCGUGCGGGAGAACAACCGGCAGCUGCAGGCCUCGCUGAAGGAGAGCAGCGCGGCCCAGAGGACCCUGGAGACCCAGCUGAUCAGCAGCCGCAGCAGCGACUCGUCCCUCGACUUCCGCGUGAAGGAGCAGGACGGCCGCCUCAAACUGCUGGAGAAGGAGAACGAGAUGCUGCGCCAAAAGCUGGCCGGACAGGGCAGCAGCAGUAGCGUGGCUCUUCAGACUAAAACGGAAGAGCUCUCCAGGCACUACGAUCAGAUGCUGAGCUCCCUGAGAGAGGAGAAGGACAAGGAGAUGCAGAAUCUCAAGGCUCAGAUGAUGAAGAUGCAGACGGAGUAUUCCUCACAGUCCUCGGGCGACCGCAGCCUGCAGCUGCGCAUCACGGAGCUCAUCAGCACUCUGGAGCAGCGGGAGAUCAUCAUCAAACGGCAGGAGGAGGAGAUAAAAAGGCUUAAAACGGUUGAAAAGACUGACAGCUCCAGCUCCAGCUCCAGCUCCAAGAACGUCACCGUUGUCACCAAGCGGUAUAACACCAAUUACCCCAUCCUGGGCCUGCUGAGUGAUGACUACAAGUAUGAGGCCCCAAUAAGGGAGUCCAAGACUAUCGUCUUCGAGAGCUCAAGGAGGGUCUAAAAUCAGGAGUGAGCUGCAAGAAGACUUUGAAGUUGGGCCUUCCCUCUACACCGACUCCAACGCCCUUUCCCCUUUACCUCUCCCCCUCUCCAACUCUCCCCCUCUCUCCCUCUCCUGCUUUGCAUUCCUGUCCUCAGUCCAGGGUUUUUUUUAGGGGUUUGGUGGUUCAAGACCCUAAAAUCUUUGAUGUGGAGGUGUCCAUGUGUGGGGUGUCUGCAUGUGUGCGUGUGCGUGCGAGUGUGCAUGUGAGUGUGGUGUGUGUGUGUGUGUGUGUGUGUGUGUGUAUGUAUGUGGUGUCUGUGUGUGUGUCUGUCUGUCUGUCUGUCUGUCUGUCUGUCUGUCUGUCUGUCUGUCUGUCUGUCUGUCUGUCUGUCUGUCUGUCUGAUUGCGAGUGCGAGUGAGCGUGUGUCUGUGUAUGUAUUGUCUGUCUGUCUGUGAGUGUGCCUGUGCGUGUGCGAGUGCGAGUGUGUGUGUGUCUGUGUAUGUAUUGUCUGUCUGUCUGUCUGUGAGUGUGCCUGUGCGUGUGCGUGUGCGAGUGCGAGUGCGAGUGCGAGUGUGUGUGUGUGUGUGAUGCAGUUCUUCGGGCAGGAGAGCACUCUGCUUUGGAUGAUCUGAUUAUUACAGUAAACAACCACAGCAGCUUCUAUCAGGUGGCUGCAGCAGUGAAGCACCAGAGCCCGACUAGCCCUGUGUCCCCCUCCCUAUGCUCUCAGCCUGCCACCAGGUGGCAGCACCUGUGCAUGUAAAUACUGCUCUUCAGCAUAGAAAACUGUCCCUUUGGUAUGAAUCAAAAUGUCAUAUUAAUGCUGAUGUUCUCUUUUUGCAUUUUUGCUCCUGCAUAUUUACAUUUACUUUGGUAAUGGUAUAAAUGUUUCUUCAUGUCCUACAUUGAUAAUUUUUAUGGCAAUAUUUUGCAUACUUAAGUGGUGAAUUGGCAGAUUUUUUUUGUAACGAGGUGUUGGUGUGGGGGUAGGAUGCAGGUGUAUUGGUGUAUGUGGAGGCCUCAGGGGAAGGUUAUAUGGUUUUGAGGAAAUACAUAUAAAAUAGAAACUGGAGAUUAUGGGUCUGAGAGGCACCAGAAUGGAAGAUUAUUUGAACCAUUAAAGGAAGAAUCCUCAAUUUCAAUGAGUUUUGGAUAUUAAAAUAGUAAAAAAAUUUUGAAUCAAUGUGAUAAAACAGAUUUUUAAAUUAAAAGCAUUUAGUGUAAAAAGACGUAAGCGUGAAUAAGUGCAACAGAAAUGUAAAAAUUCUCUGGAAUCCAGAAGCCGUGGGUGUGAAGGCUGGGUACUGUAAUGCCUCUGGGACAGGUGCAGUGUGCACCCACAACUCACUGGCUUCAAUCAAGGCUCGCUUCAGCAGCAUGUUAACCUUACCCUUCAUACACAUGAAUGAAAGGUAAAUGUGAUCGCAGGUCACUAUGAAUCACAGCUUAGCGGCUAAAUCACAUAGAGCAGUGCGGUAAAUCACAUAGAGCAGUGCGGUAAAUCACAUAGAGCAGUGCGGUAAAUCACAUAGAGCAGUGCGGUAAAUCACAUAGAGCAGUGCGGUAAAUCACAUAGAGCAGUGCGGUAAAUCACAUAGAGCAGUGCGGUAAAUCACAUAGAGCAGUGCGGUAACAAUGAUUCUGGUUCUGUGCCUUCUCGGUGAUGUCACACUUUUGCAUUCCUGAGACUAACCCUGAUGUUCUCUGAUUCUGUAAGUCACUCUGGAUAAGUCUGCUGAACAAAUUUAAGAUCGUCUGUGAAGGGAAAUCGACUCCUUGCUGGUGUGUCUGACCUCUGGACUGCUCGUGUUGCUCUUUUGUGGAUGUGUUUGGUCAGCGAGGAAUGAAGAGCAAGCUGUGUUGGAUACGACAUUGAGGAAUUAUUAUUUAAAAACAUAAGGAGCAUCUGUUAAGGCCAUAACCUCUCAUCCUCCUCAUGUCCAGCAGAGGGCGCUGCAGUGCAGAACAGCCAAAUCCACACUAGCGCUGCAGUGGCUGGCUGGCAGUGUUUGAGAUGCACUGAGCUGUCCAGAGCUGUUAUAAUUAGAGCUUCAGUAAUGUAUCAGGAUAGCUGGUGUUGUUUUUUUCAUAAUUGAGUGACCUGUCACUUGGCUACUUUUGUUUUUUGGGUCUUGUAAACCUUUCCUUUCUGACAUUUGUAUUUUAAAUAAAAAGUUUGCACUUGG